AUGGGUCUGGUAGAUUACUCCGACUCCGACUCCGAGGGCGAGUCCAGCCCGCCGCCCCAGAGCAACAAGCCGACAGCUACUACAGCGACCAACACGACAGACUCCUCCUCCAAGAAGCCCUUCCAGCGCCUCGUCGACUCCGCAACGGGCAGUCGCAAGAUUGUAGUCAACCUCCCGCAGGCCGCCAGCGCAUCGUCUGAACCGUCUAGCGACGAGCCUCCUGCGAAGCGAGCCAGGACGGUCGGCGGCGGCGGCUCGCGCUUCAGCGGCUUCUCGUCGUUCUUGCCGGCGCCAAAGACGACUGGCAAGCCUGCGCCAGCAACCCAGGCCAGCUCGAGCAACAGCCGCCCCGCGCCACGUAUCGGCGUGCAUCUGAAGACGAGUGCAGAGGCCGCGUUCAGCCGGGACAGAGAGGAUGAUAGUGGCAUACACGCCGCUGGGACGAGCGACGGCGCAGAGGGUGCAAGCCGGUCGUCGGGUCUCAACCUACCAGCGCCCAAGGGCCCGUCAAUACCAGAGGGCCAGAAACCGGCAGAGGAUGUGCAGCUGGUUGGAAAGCCACUCAUGUUCAAGCCGCUAUCGGUUUCGAGGAAGCCAGCAAAGAAGAAGGGAGUUUCGGUCAAAUCCGCCGGUGUUAGCGCCCAGCCGACUACUACGACAACACCAGCAGUAGAUAAAUCGCAGGCAGCGCCGGAGAAGAAAAAAGUCUCCUUAUUCUCUCUAGGCGUGGAGGACGACGCAUCCGCGGCAGCCCAGCAAACACCAGACAACAGCGGCGCUUAUGAGCCCCUAUUCCACCAGACUUCAGAAGUCGAAGACGACGGCGUCACAGGACCGUACGACGCUCAUCAAGCUCACGAGCCACCGCCACCACAAGCCUACCCUCAUCAAGCGCACACCCUGGAUGACAUGGCAGACGAUCUCAACCUAUCGGCGGCGGAGCGCCGGGCUCUCUUCGGCCGGGGCGGGAAGGCGGCCGGCACCGCCUCCGCAGCUUCCAAGGUCAUCAACUUUGACAUGGACCGCGAAUACCGGCACAACGAGGAAUUGCGUGCCUCUGGCGAACAACAGUCUCUUCAGCACAACCCGGUGCGGACGAUCCAGCCUGGCAAGCACAGUCUGCGGCAGCUGGUCAACCAGGUGCAGACACAGAAGGACGCCCUCGAGGACAUGUUUGCCAAGAACAGGUCUACACAGCGGGAAGCGUCUGGGAGAUACGGUUGGAGGUGA